GAAGAUGAAAUAGCUUAGCGGAAAUACAGACAAUCAUGGAGUGGGGCUUGGGCUCUCCCCUUCGUAGUUAAUGGGAGGAGCCCGCGACCAGCAAGCUCUUUCCUUUCGCUGCUGCGUCUGCAGCCAUGAGUAUGCUUAGGCUACAGAAGAGGCUUGCCUCUAGCGUCCUCCGCUGUGGUAAAAAGAAGGUGUGGUUGGACCCCAAUGAAACCAACGAAAUCGCCAAUGCCAACUCCCGUCAGCAGAUCAGGAAGCUGAUCAAAGAUGGCCUGAUCAUCCGGAAGCCUGUGACUGUCCAUUCCCGGGCUCGAUGCCGGAAGAACACCUUGGCCCGACGGAAGGGCAGGCAUAUGGGCAUAGGGAAGAGGAAGGGUACUGCCAACGCUCGGAUGCCCGAGAAGGUAACCUGGAUGCGAAGGAUGCGGAUCCUGCGCCGGCUUCUCAGGAGAUACCGGGAAUCUAAGAAGAUUGACCGACAUAUGUAUCACAGCCUGUACCUGAAGGUCAAAGGGAAUGUGUUCAAAAACAAGCGGAUUCUCAUGGAGCACAUCCACAAACUGAAGGCAGACAAGGCCCGCAAGAAGCUACUGGCUGACCAGGCUGAGGCUCGCAGGUCUAAGACCAAGGAAGCACGAAAGCGCCGGGAGGAGCGCCUCCAAGCCAAGAAGGAGGAGAUCAUCAAGACUCUGUCCAAGGAGGAAGAGACCAAGAAAUGAAGCUUCCCUCAUGUCUGUACAUAGUGGCCAGGCUGUGGCCUCACGUGGAUCAGUCAUUAAAAUAAAACAAGCCUUUGUCCUUGUCCAUU